AUGAGUGAUGAUUAUAAGAAUGGCGAUGGUGGUGACGGUGAGUUUUCUGAAAGUUUAUGCGUUGUGGCAGGAUGGUUAGCAGAUUCGCGGCAACAGAGGGAGAAGAACGUUGGGAUUAUAGAUCCUAUCAAAACUUCAUCGAAAGAUCACCGCAAACCUCAAAGAACUUAUCCAGGAGUUUUUCAUCAAGACCCGUGUCAAAACCCCAGCAGGUCUGGGUUUUAA